CGCAGCGCCGCCGUUGCUGUCGCCAGGUCCCGCCGCGGAGCCGCCGCCGCCGCCGCACGAUGCCUUCAAUUAAACUGCAGAGUUCAGAUGGAGAAAUCUUUGAAGUUGAUGUUGAAAUUGCAAAGCAGUCUGUGACUAUAAAGACUAUGCUGGAAGAUUUGGGAAUGGAUGAUGAAGGUGAUGAUGACCCAGUCCCUCUUCCAAAUGUUAAUGCUGCUAUUUUAAAAAAGGUGAUUCAGUGGUGCACCCAUCACAAAGAUGAUCCACCUCCUCCUGAGGAUGAUGAGAACAAAGAAAAAAGAACAGAUGACAUCCCUGUGUGGGAUCAAGAAUUCCUGAAAGUAGACCAAGGAACCCUCUUUGAACUUAUCCUGGCUGCAAAUUACCUUGACAUCAAAGGUUUGCUUGAUGUCACAUGCAAGACAGUUGCAAACAUGAUCAAGGGGAAGACUCCAGAAGAAAUUCGCAAGACAUUCAAUAUUAAGAAUGACUUUACUGAGGAGGAAGAAGCACAGGUACGUAAAGAGAACCAGUGGUGUGAAGAGAAGUGAAGAAUUGUGCCUGAUUCUCAAACACUGUAAGGAUUGUUCCAAAUACUAGUUGCACUGCUCUGUUCAUAAUUGUUAAUAUUAGACAAAUGCAGCAGCAAAUGAAGUUGUGUUAGCAGGAUCUUGUUCCCUUUGCAUGUGUAGUGUUUUUUGAGUACCAAUUUAAAUUCUCUGAGUUUUUACUAGUGUAAUUGGAUGUCUUUUUACUUUACUCUGCAAUGAAUAAAACUGAAUUAAGUGUGGAUUCUGUAUGGGAAGUAGCACUUAAGGUUGUCAUUUUCAUUACACUUUUUAACUGUUCAAAUCUAGUUAAAAUGUUAAGCAUUCAGACCCUUCCAUUGUAAAUAAAACCACCUUCAUUUUUUCCCCUCAGCCAGAACAAAACAUUUUAUUCACAGGGUAUUGACAAUUCAAAGAAAGGCAGAGCAAAACUAGGAAGUGUCUCGGGGAACUAGUCAAAGUUGUUGGAUUUCUUCUGAAAGGAUUAUAUGAGAGAAAUAGUAUUAAUUAAAGCUGUAUAGCUCUAAAGAUGGAUCUUGUUCUGCAUUUAAAAGAAAAAGGAAGGUGGGGGGGGGAGGUAGGGAAAUCUUUGACCACUUUCUUGUCGUGUUAGUCUUGCCUGAUGGACUAGCAAAAACAUGAUCUAGAACGGAGCAAGCUUCUCACAGAUACAUUGGAGUAUUUUGACCAUGUCUUGAAGACCUGCCUCUAGCUGGUAGCAGACGAAGUGCUUCGCUUUGUGCACAGGACAGGCUUGUUCUAUACACCCUUUAAUGUUAACAGUGGAAUCCAGGCUUGACCAAAAAAUAUGACUGACAUUACCAAAGUUAAUAUUAUUGACCUGUGCAUGCCAUUAGUGGCUGUUUUUAGGCAAUUUUAAACAACCCUUGUGAUGUAGCUCUUUAAAACAUGGUUUCAUGUGUCCACAGGAAAUCUUUUUGCCUCUGUAUGUGAUACUUCAGCUUGUAGAGACUUGAUUAUUGCAUAUGAAGCUAAUGCAAUAUUGAGCUUGACUUCUUUGGACAAAGCCACUUGCAACUAGUUAAAUAGUAACUGGUUUUCUGAUUAUUUUUAUUUUAUUUUAAUUUUUUUUACAGUUCCCUUAUAGGGAGUAGGGGAUGGUUGUG